UUUCUGUAUAGCAUAUUAAUAUACAUAUUUUUUUUUUGGGUAUGAAUAAUAGACACAAGGAAAUAUAAACACACACAGAACAAAACACACAAGUAAAAUAAUUGUGGAAGAGAGUGGAAAUGGGGCAGACGAAGAAGAAGAAGAAGUCUCUCCAUUGCGACCAUGAAGAGGACGACACUUUUUACGACCGCUACGUCUUUUCCGUCGCAGCACCACCCAUACCUCCUUCGAACCCUUCUUCCUCCGCCAAAUCCUCGGCUCCAGGCGGAUCGGGCGGCUUAGCCCCAUCCAAAUCGACGCUCUACGUCUCCAAUCUCGAUUUCUCCCUCACCAAUUCCGACAUCCACACGCUCUUCUCCACCUUCGGCAAGGUCGCUCGAGUCACCGUUCUCAAGGAUCGCCAGACUCGCCGCUCCCGUGGCGUCGCCUUCGUUCUCUACGUCUCUCGCGAAGACGCGGCUAAAGCGGCGCGUUCCAUGGAAGGGAAGAUCCUUAAUGGCCGGAAAUUGACGGUUUCGAUCGCCGCCGAUAACGGAAGGGCGUCGGAGUUUAUAAAGAAGAGAGUGUACAAGGAUAAAUCCAGGUGCUACGAGUGUGGAGACGAAGGGCAUCUUUCGUAUGAGUGCCCAAGGAAUCAAUUGGGCCCAAGGGAGAGACCUCCGCCGCCGAAGAAAAGGGGCCGGCGUAAGGACGAUGAAGGAGAGGCUGAGGAAUCGAGUGAUUGGUCGUCUGCUGUGACGGAGGGAUUCGAGGAGGAUAAUUGGGCUUCGGCAGUGGAUAAUGACAUUGGAGAGAGGCUGAGAAUGAGAGAAGCAGAGGAAGAAGAACAGAGGAGGAAGAAGAGAAAGGAGGCUGCUGGGAAGGAAGCUAGCUACUUUAGUGAUGAAGAUUAGGUUAGUUCAACUUUCUGGUGUUUGAAUACUGGAAGAUCCUCGAAUCAGAGAGAGGUUUUAUGGAAAUUCAUGAACAAGUUCAAUCUCCUGCGUGUUUCAGACACUGGGUGGGUUUUCAGUUGAUCUGGUUUUGUCUUCAUGUGAGAUUAUGUUUGAUGAGAGUCUGCAUCUUUUGGCUAAGUAGUGAUAUGGUGUACAAGAAGAUAUCUUCUCACUAGAAAACGAAAGUCUUUCCUGUUCUUGA